CUUAAAAUAUUUCCUUCACGCGUGAACGAGCGUGGAAGUUAAUUUUGCAUACGGAAACACGCGUGAGGUAUUAUCAUUUAACGUGAUCUCGAGUGUAACAACAUUUUUUAUAAGUGUUAAUGGCAAAAAUCACUACUUUUUCAAAUUUUAACUCGUGAACACGGGUAACACACUUUCUGUCACGUGCGAAAAUGAAGUAAAUUUAUGUCAUCACUCGUAGCAACUGUUGAAAAUCAGUUAUUAUUUGUGUUGACACUGGAAAGGAUAAGUGAUUGAUCACUGACACGCGUAAAGCAUUUAAUUGAGGCGUGAACGUGCAUUCUCACCGCGCGUGACACAAAACUUUCUGCUAGUGUUCACUGGUGAAAGUUUUAAGUAAAGCUUCGUUCUACAGUUACCACACGCGGAUACAAAUCUGUACGCGCGAACACGAUGCAAAUGAAUUCAAUGGUUGCGUGUUCACUCCCUUGAAAAAUGUUCCUCAGCAUGCCGACAAUCAAACUCUUCAUUUUUAGUAGUGAAAUCGUGGAUAGCGUUCAUGCAAUGUCAAUAUAACUAGAUGUACAUAGCAAAAAGGAUAACGAAUAACAGCAUUUGUGACUGUUGGUAAUGACGCGUGAGCAUACGGCUUGUAGGAGGAGAAGACCUUAAUUUCUUAUCUUCGAACGAAAGAGACAAUUUAUUUCUAACAUUAUGUGCAUUCAAUUAAAGUAGGAUAUUGUAGAAAAAAUGUUUCAUCUAAUAUUGAAUCGUAGUACGACCCAAUUUUUUCCAAUACGUUUUCACUUCGAAUGUAAGAUACUUUUUCGUUUUUGAUACGUCCUCGAUAGAUAAACGGACAAUCAAUCCCCAUAUAUGAUAGAUUCGCUAAUUUAUCGACCACCUUCAUUUCGAAAUAUAUUGUUUCGCUGGAUACCAGCAAAAUAUAUGGUAUAUGACGCACAAAACGAACAAACUUUUGCACUAAUUUCAGAGAUGUACAGUCAGAUUCAUCAAGUGAUGAUAUUGCCGGUCACUCAUUUGGAUUUGCCGUCAUGCCAUCGAAUAUGCUUAAGACAAUGGACGAAAAUAUUGUUGAUUCUAAAAUUGUUUUACCCUCGUCACCAUUCGUUAAUCGUGAUGCCGCAUCGACUAAGUCUUCAGAUUCGUCUGAAAAUAUUUUUUCCGCGUUAUUAACUGCCACCGAUGCUAGCGACCUCGACAACGUUUACAACAACAACGAUGAAGGACGAAAUGCUCGACCACCUAUGAAAAAUUCAAGCGAUAUUAACGACUUUGCCUUCAAUUUGAAUAGUCCUUGCUCGUCACCAGCAUUUUCUCCUAAACGUUCACAUCUUACAUCUGACAGCAGCUAUUCUUUGUCCAAGGAAAAAAUCCCAACAACUAGACGAAAACGAGUCAAGUCUUCGCCAACAAAUUCAAUCAAAAAUCGGAAUCUACCAUUCAGCCGGGAAUAUUGUACAACCACUAUUGGAAAUCUCAAGCUCACGUGGCCACCAUACGGGAUCAAAGAUGCAUUUUAUGCCGGUGAAUAUUUUUCGGUAUUUCAUACUUGUUCACUCGAUACGGGCUUAUUCGUUCUUUAUCAUGCGUACAAAGCUGGAACCGAUGACUUCCGUCAGCUUUUCGAAAUCGAUACUCUUGAAAUCUAUGCAUUUCUCCACCGUACGUUUCAAUUGGUCGAAAGUAAUGGAUGGAAUAGCGCUCGUCUCUAUUGGCUCACUGGAAAAAAACUUCUCAAAGAGAAAACAAAAGACGGAAAAUAUGACCUUAAAAGUACUAUGGAUGAAGUUGUUUUUAAAUUUGUUAAACCAAUGCAAACUUUUCCAAUUCAGUCCAAAUGUACUUGUACCGCUUGUCCGAAACCACUACGCGAACAUACGAGUAUGGAAAUCUCGUUAACGAAAGUCAAUAAAAAGUUUCUACACUUCAUACCAGCUCUCGUCGCUGAUCGUGAACCUCCAUGUGGUGUUAAUCUUGGCUCCGUUGAACCGAUGGAUUAUCCAGCAACUUACAUGGUCGACGAACGAUAUCCGGUCAUUGAUCAAGAAACCAAUGAGACACGAUUAGAGUAA